UGUAGCUAUGAAUUAAAACUAUACCUGAUAGCUUAUGAAGAUUAAAUGUAUAUUUGAAGUUUUUCAUGGGAUAAUAUGUAAAAGAGUAACCCUAAAGCUUCAACAUGCAUAAGAUUUGACUAGCAUGCAGGACAUGUUUUCCUUGAAUAUUUGAAAGACCUUUUUUGUGUGCAAAAAUCAUGGCACAUUGCAUAAAAGCUUAAAGUCCUCUCCUGUUGUUAGCUUGGAUGAUGAAUGUCAAGUAAUAUAUAUCUCUUAAUAAUUCAUUUACUGGCAAACUGUGUUCUAUGUCCUAAUAUUAUACCUGUCCUUUUAGAUUGUGAUUUUGGUGUAAAAAAGGAUAUAUCAAUCUUGCAAAACUUACAACUUCACUUGCUCUGUUAAUGUCUGAAUAACAAUAACAUUCUGGAUUCACAUUAUAUAGUACCUACAUGUAUUACAUCUGCGAUGUCGCUAACUGCUUUACAGGUGAUCAUGAAACUGCAAACACCAGCAAAACCAGGCUUAGGGGAGAUAAAAAUAGGUCCAGAGGUCAGGUCUCUAGCCUUUUAUUGGUGUGACAUGACCUGGGUUCAAGUAUACUUGUGUCUUUUGAAUUCUGACUAUCAAGGUUUCCACAAAUGAAGAAAAAAAGUGAAAAAAAUGUAUUGUACACCUAUGACAUUUUACAGUAUGGCCAACCUUUAUCUAAAGGUUUGUACUUUCCAAGAAACCACUCACCUGGAUCACGAUUUUCACGAUGUUAACCUCAUUUCUUUCUUUCUUUCUCCUUCCUUACCUUUGCUCCCUCAGGGCCAAAUCAGGAGGGGGUCCCUCAGCCACUGGCUCCACCCAGCAGGCCCCACCCCAGGGUCAUCAAGGCCCCAAGGACCCCCAGCAAGGCGCAAGGUCAAAGGGUCAAUCAGACAGCCAUCAUCAUGGAGAGAAAGGGAGCAUGCCACAAUCUAUCCUUUCAAAGUCCCGUGAUGCCCGAGAAACCCCUGUCAAGUACCAAGAAUCACCGGUAGAGGAAGCUCAAGAAGCCCUCUCCCUUUCAGCCUUUGGGGCCACCAGUCAUCCAGACGGCAGCUCCCCUUUCAGUGGGAGUGGUUCAUCACACAAACAAGCAGCAGCACUUCCUCCCACACUUGCACCGUCAAAGGCACCGGCGGUGUCCCUCAUCCAAGGCGAGAGACCAGCGGUGGCGGGUGGGUCACCGAAGAUCAUCCCUCCCGCGUCGACGGAGAGGGUGCGCAACUUGACCAAUCCCAGCUCGGAUCUGGAAACGAGCAACCAGUCCUCCGCCAGCAGCUCCAUCCCGUUCGCCUACGACACCAAAGCGCCGGCGCAGGUCGGCAUCAAUCCGGUGUCGGCGUCGCCGUGUUCCGGUGGCAGCAUGGAGAAGUCAGUGACGGAGAGCGCCUCCGAUCAGCUGAGGAAGCUGAGCAGCUCCUGGAAAGACGAGGCAAGCCGCGAGAAACCCGGCAUGGAGAUGAGGACAAUGCAGCAUCAUAGGGAGAUGGAUGAUGAUGAUAGUUGCCAUGACGACAGGGAUGAUGCUAGUCUAGAUAGUGGGAGCAGUGUGGAUGGGGGCUCUCAGAGAACUAGACAUGGUAGUGGCACUGUACAUACCCUGUGAUAACUUUAUUCCAUCCAUUAAAUGUAUACCUAAUAGAUUAAACUUGAUUUGUGCAAAGAUGGGCUCUUUGCUAGGUAUCAUGAAUUAUGUAUGAUACCGAAACAUUUCCUUGAUAUGGAAUAAAAUUCUAAAUUCAUUCAAGAGGGGCAAUAAUAGAGUAAAUGAUUAGGAAAAUAUUAAUAAAGAUGAUGUUUUAGUUAUGAUGAUGAUUAUCAUAACAAUUAAUGAAUAUUUUGAAUUAUAUGAUGUGAUCUGUUUAUGUUCAAUUCAUCACAUACACUUAGUUUGUAAAACUUUUUGAAUGGUUAUUCUGUUUAUAAGUGAAUUUGAUUUAAAAAUUAAUAUUUAAUUCAUUGUUUCAAGUGUUGUGAUAAAGCUUAUAUGACAAACUAGCUCUCACAUUAUCACAUAUUUUAUCUCAACACAUAGAAAUACAUGAUGAAGUUAUUAGAAGAAUAAUAAAUAGUAAUAUCAUUUCACUGAGUAUGAACACUCAUGAAUUUCCAAACUUAUCGCAAUUGUCAGAGUGCUUCAAGAUAAAUGUGGCAUCGUAUCAUUGUGCCUCACGCAUCUUAUUUUCACAGAAUAUUUUCUUGUUCUUCUAACACCGUUAAAUGUAGUUAUUGCUGUAUUUCUUCUCUUUACUAUUAAUGGAAGAUACUCAUUCAAUGAAUGAAUGAAUCUACAUUGUUUUCUGCAUAUUUGCUAAAAGUAAAUAAACAGGGUACGAACAAGUAUUACUUCAUUAAAACAUGUAAUUAAGCAUAUCCAUGAGAUUCAUGGGAUUUAUAAAUUAAGAAGAGUUAUCCAAACAAACAGAGCCAUGAAAAAUGAUCAUGUAUGAAUUUAGAAUUUCAUGGUGCAAGGUUGCUUGAUACUCUUGGCUCUAAAAAUGUAUCUAUUCUUCACGCAGCAUAUGACUCCCUUGGUGGUUCUAACAACAUUCAUAGACAUUUGGGGUGUUUUUAUGGCUGAUUUCUUGAUAAAAAUGACUAUUUUAAUCUUUCCCUAGUGUGGUUCUUUUAUGGCUUGGCAUAAAUCUAGGUGACUCAACUUCCAUCCAUUGUCGCAGAUUUGUAACAAAAUGUUUUGUCUUUGGCUUUACACCUGUAACAAGAAAUUUACUGUGAUUAAGAGAGGGAUUAAAAGUACACCUCUGAGACAACAAUAUACCGGUCUCUUCCCAUUAUAUUAAGAUCUCCUGGUGAAUUGGAAGAAUGCUUCAAUGGGUCAUUUUCAGGGAAGAGCAUCGUUAUCAACGAGUGUGUCCUUUGAUGACACAAACCACCCUGGAAUGGGGCACCACCAUUGUCAAGGUGGAGUCAUGCAGGACCAAAUUCAGGGAAAGAGGGGGGUCAUUAAGGGGUGAAGCGAUGGCACUGGCUGGAACAGAGGGAUGGCGGGAAGAUCGGGGGGAGGGGGGGAGGAGUUUUUAAACAUUUCAAUGUUCUUUGUUUGCUCAAUGUAUUUUGUUUGAAUUUCAUUGAUUUAUUCUCCCUGACUGUUAAUACCAGCUUUCUAUGUAUCUACGUGUCUGUUACCUAUCUCUUGGUCCAGGUGUCCUAUAUCCUUUCACACUCUUUCAGUCAGUGGCCAUUAAUUUCUUUCCAACUGGUUCUAGAACUUUCAUUUGAUUGGAUCUAGUCCCUUCUUUUGUACAACCAGAAACUUUCAUCCCGUGAAACUUUUGUAAAAUUACAACACUAUAAAUGAGUGUUCUGGCAGUAGUUGAUCCCAUUGAUUCGAAGCCUGAAACUUCAUUAAUCUUAAUUAUUACCAGUCAUAAAAUUCCAGGAUAUUUCUGGUUUUCGGGUACCAUGCCCAUACCAGGUAGACAUAUUCUUGAAGAAACCUGGAUAUUUCCUCAGUCAUUUGGCCCAAGUAUUUAGACUUCCUCCCUUUUUACCAAUUCCAGCCAAUUGCUUGUUGCAAUCUUUCUAUAUGUAAUUCUUCUCACUUUCUUUAGAUGAAAUUCUUCCCAUCAUAUUCUCAUUAAUCAUCUCUAGAUACUUAGUGAGUAUACCUUCCUAAGUUUGGUUUCAGCUCAUCAGUUUACAUUUUUUCUUUCAUUGGGUUAAGAAACCAACAAUUUCAAGUUCAACUUAAUCAAAGGGGAUUGAGGAGAAGGUGAAUCAUUUGAGAUAGUCAUUCUGCUUUUUGUCGGUGCUAUCAAAUGUCCGCGAAACUUGGAAGUAUUUUCUCCAGAAUCAAUGGUCCAGUGCGGUUAAAAGGUGAAGGAACACACCAUGCCUUUGUUUGCUUUAUAUAUUUGUAAAGAAACAACCUCAAAUCACAGGCUUAAGUGGCUUGUGAAUUACAGUUAAGAAAGGAAGUAUUUAGAGCAUAUCCCUUAAUCUCUAAAGUGAUGUGUUUCUUGUAUUUUGUGAAUUAGCCUUCAAAUAGCCUGAAGGUAAGAAUGGCUUUAUCAAAGUUCAUGGAGCAAUCACUGGGAAGUGGUUUUGGGGAGAAAUUCAAAAGAGGGGUUUGGUUCAAAUUCAAAAGGCACUUGAGAGCUGAGGAAAGGGGAAGACUGUGCAAAAUAGCUUUUGUUUGACCAGAUUCAAGUUCUAGGAAAAGGAGGGUUCAUGCAUGGGUCGAGCAGGAGGGGGGGGGGGCAGAAUGGACCAUUAGUUCUGCCCUUGAUGUCUUCAUAAAAAGUGAGAAUUUGUGAUUGGUCUCUCGCUUGUCGGUAACCACUUGAACUUUGGAGAUUUCAGAGAAGACUGGGGUAAAUGUUGGGCUUAGGAAAGAGGGCGAUAACAUGAAUAUCACCCCCUUUGCCUGCGGGGUGUUAAUUGGUAGAAGGAGGAAGGGGGUAAGAAAUGCACCCUGUUUUCCACCUAAAAAGGGGAAAGGGGAUCUUUGUGGUGUUUUCUGCCAAAAUACUUUCACUGCCGACAUGAUAUCCAUCCAUGAAGUCUGAUUUAUUAACAGUGAUCGGUUGUAGCUGUCCUUCAAAUAAACUCUAUCUUUCAAUGAAUGCAUACAUUGUACAGGCUAAGCACUGGGAAAGACCUUGUCUGCACCGAGCUUGCCCCCACAAUGCACCACCUGCCAUAAGCAAAUCAGCACUUUGUAAAGCAAGAAAUCAAUAAUUUUUGUAUUACCAGGUCAAAAGGAGGUCACUGGAAUUUGGGGGUUUCAUAUAACUUUUAACGGGGGUCCACACACACACACAAAAGUUGACUUAAUGCUUCAUAAAGUCAUUUCAUAUAACAGGAAUCAACAAUAUGUUAUUACUCGAUAUUCAAUUUCAUUGGAAAAGAGAGGAAAUGCUCUCAUAUCAUGUGAUUCAAGAAGGAGAUUUACAUGGGAAAAACUUUUGGUUUUGAUAUUGAUUAAUUGGAAAUCAGACAUUAAAUCAUUCUUGUUAAUGAUGGAGAAAUAAUACUUUCAUAUCAUUUGAUUACUCAAGGAGCUUUGCAUAAAAUAAAUACUUUUGGUUUCAAUUAGAGUGCAAUAACUUCAUGAUAAUUUAUCAGAGUAGUUAGUGAUAUAAAUAUAAUAUAGGAUUGAGGUCAAACCACCUUUAUUAAAAGUUUGAGCCUCCUUUGUUACAAAUUUAGAUUUCUUUUACAAAGCCUGAUAAAAGAUAAUGACACCUUUCCAAUAUGGGAAAGAGAUGUAAUAAUCAAACCCCUUCCUGCAUAUUGUUCAACUGGUAUUGCUUGGGAAAGCCCUAUAAUUACAGUAAAGGUCCAUUGAUUUUUAAUAAUGGGGUCAGAAUAUAUGCCUGAAUUAAUGCAGAAAGAAAAAAUUCCAAAACUUUGUUCAUUAUCACCUAAUUGAGCUGAAUUUACAUUUCAUGGAAAUCGAGAGUUCAUUUUAGGGCCAUGGUGGUUUCGGGAGCUACAGGAAGAAGAGGGGUGAGAAAUCGUACCCCUGUUCACCCGACAGGGGGGCAAGGGCAGCUGGCCUUCGUUUGUGGCCGCCCUAUGGGUGUAGCUGGCGUAUAAUUACUUCCAUUCAUCAAACUAAAACUGUUGGGCGGGAAGAUGGUCCCAGUAAUUAUUCAAAAUGAGGUUUGUGUCUUUCUCCUGGUAGAAACCCUAAUGGACGCUAUUCAUCUUUGUUGAAAUUGAAUGUUAGGAGAACAUAUGUUCUGGUGGUUGAAGGGAUUAUCAUGAAUGAUGACAACCGUAUGUAAUCCAUCAAAUAUCUGACUGUCAUGCCUACAGAUGUGAACAUGUGCAGUUUAAGCAUUCUUUUAUCCCUGUGACAUGUAUUAUCCCUUUUGACUGCCAAAGUGAAUGUAGUUUAUAUCUUUUGCUCAGAGCCUGAAAAGCAUUUAUAAACUUUAGAGCUGCUUGGAGCAUGCUUCUGGUCCAUAAUGGUACCAAUUAAUUUCACUCCUGCCUCAUAAUUAUACAAAUGUUCAUUUCAUUUACCCCUUUCUGGUAUACAUGCUUGAAUAUGAUAUACAUGUAUGAAUAUGUACUUACAUGUAUAUUCAAAACGAAACAUAUUUUCCAGAAUGUUUUGGGAAGUAUACUGAUAUAUAGUUUCUUGUUCCCUGUUCCGGCCUCUGCAAUUGAUAAAAUGGCUACCCCCUCAACGAAAAAAGGGUAAUAAAAAGGUGAUUGGAAUAGGUGAUAGUGUCAGAGAAGCCAAAUGUUCGCGUGGAAAUGGUUGCGUGAUUAAUCGGAAAAGUAUGCGCCAUGAUAACAAUAGGACUGAGAACCAGGUGUUUGCGAAAUUCCCUUUACUUUAUCUCAAAAUACCAUUGAUCAUAGCCACAUCCAUGAGCAUUUUUAUGCUUGGAUAUUCAUUUCAAUAUGUAGGUUGUAGAGAGCCACUACAUUUUCAAAUUUUUAUUAGUUCCGCUGUCUUUCAAAGAAUUAGCAAAGGCUAUAUUAAAGUAUGCUAACUAUUGAGUUUGAGAUAUCAAGUUUUUGUAUCAUUCGGCUUUGUACUUAUGAAAUAGUAAUUUCCUCAACAAUUAAAAUACUGAGUAUUGAGCCACUAGAAUACUGAAAUAUUCUGGUGCAAGUAGGCAGCUCUGGUGGUAUGCUGGUGUCUCAGCCCAAAAAGACACAGGGAUAUAGUUAGUGAAUGAGGGGUAUAACAACAACCCCCCCCCCCCCCCCCACCCUCUUCCCUCAUUCAAAAUUUCUAUUAGCGUAUUCAAAAUGUUAACACAUUGUCAGCAAUUGCAAAAGUUCAUAGUAUUAGACAAGCAAGUUUUCUACCCUGUCUAUAAUUCUAAAAAUGUAAUUGUUGCUCAUUACCAUUGGAAAAUUUGGGCUGAAAAUGUGAGAAAAUAUGGUCAGACAAUGCCCACCCCCCAAAUUUAAAAAAAAAUUAAAUAAUAAUUUAAGGAUGCACUUGAACAGGAAGGGAAACCACAAAACAGUGAUAUUCAACUUUGACACUUUAAAGUUCAAAAAUACCAAGUCGCUUCGAAACUAUGUUGAUAGUGUAGCACCAUACGCUUUAUGCCAUAAAAGUACCUCCCAGUUCGGGUGAAUGCCCCUCCCCCCCCCCCCC